AUUUGAAAUAUUGACCAGUAACGGGUUUCACGUGCUGAUUUUGACGAGUCGAUCUUUUUCGAGUGAAACACGGCAAACGCAAAAUGCCGCCCAAGCAGCAGCAGAAAGGGAAGGACUCGGGCAAGGGAAAGACCUCCCAGAAGAAGCCCACAUCUGGGGGAGGCAAGGCUAAGAAGAAGAAGUGGUCCAAGGGCAAAGUGCGUGACAAGCUGAACAACCUGAUCAUGUUUGACCAAGCCACGUACGACAAGCUAUACAAGGAAGUACCCAGCUACAAGCUCAUCACCCCCUCCGUGGUCUCGGAGAGACUCAAGAUCAGAGUGUCGCUAGCCAGAGCCGCGCUCAAGGAACUGCUAUCUAAGAAUCUCAUCAAGGAGGUAGAGAAGCACCACGCUCAGCUCAUCUACACAAGGAACACCAAAGGUGCAGAUGAGGUCGCCGACAAGUGAUCACCGUUAAACCCCAGCCUAGGACCCAGCCUAGGACCCUCAACCCAUCCCAAGGGCUCGGUGUUGCAAAAGCACCCCUCGGGAGACACCUGCGUACUCACAGCCACGUCUCUUGCAACAUUCUCAUCAAAACGCGAUCCCAAGGUUCGGUAAAUUUGUUGCAUGCAAAGCUUAGGUUUAACCUCUGGGUAUCACGGUUACUGCACCCAACAGCUUACCAUGCAAAAAAAGACUAUAAAGUCAUAGGCCCUACAUUUUUUUCAACGAUGAAACUGUUGCAUUUAACACGGAUAAUUCGUCAGAUUAUGCUUGCAUAAAAUCUGGUGAAGUUGUCUGGUUUUUCUUAGCAAUCACAUUUUGUGUGACAAUUCGGAAAUAAAUAUCCCAUGCAACUUAUGGGAAUGUGGAUAACGUGAAA